AUGAAGAACCCCACUCACCCUGCAAAUGUUCUGUUUGUCCGCCUCCACUCAGGCAGAUGGCUACGAAGCAUCAAAGACAGGAACACCAGACUGAGGAACAGCUUCUUCCCUGGACCUUGCUGGAAGGAGCUAAUUCAAUUGAGCAAAGAAAAUAAAAGUGGGGAGGCCGAUGCCCCAGCUUAUGAAGACACAGAGUGGUUAACAAAGAUGGAGAUUUUUGUAACAGCCGUGUUUGCAAUUUGCACCUUCAUACCGAGCAUCUAUUGUGCCGGAAACACAGUAGCCUGGUGUUACCAUCUUUCAACAUGCAAUGAUGCAAAAUGGCCUGAAAUUGCUCCCCAAUUUUGUAAUGGAAGCAGACAGUCACCCAUCAACAUCGCCACAUCGGCUGUCAAGCCUGAUUCCAAGCUGACGGCAUUCACCUUUGAAAACUUUCACAGGAAAUCUGUACUUAAAACCAUCACAAAUACUGGAAAAACAGUAAAGGUUAAUUUUAGGAGUGGUGUGAAAGUUAAAGGAGGAGAUCUACCCGAGGAGUACGAUAGCCUGCAGUUUCAUUUGCACUGGGGAAAUGGUGCCUCUGUUCCUGGCUCUGAGCACACAGUGGAUGGAAAGCGUUACCCCAUGGAGUUGCACAUUGUGAAUAUCAAGUCAUCCUAUAAUGGAAAUACAACCCUGGGGGUUGCAGAUUCUAUGGGUCUCGCUGCUCUUGGUUUCUUCAUAGAGGUAAAAUAUAUGUCACAUUUCACAACCUUUUAACUACAACGUUUUCUAGAUAAGACAAUUUUGCUUAGUAGACAACAUGUGUACUCAUGGAUGGCACUUUGAGUUAUAAACUACUACUGUAUUUUCUGGACUAUUAGUUGCUUCAGAGUAUAAGGCGCACCAAACAAAAUAAGCAUAAUGAAGAAGAAAAAAACAUAUGGUAUAUAAGUAGCUCAGGAGUAAGAGUCGCACCAGUGCCCUCUAGCACCCUGAGUAUAUGUCGCAAACCAAGGCCAAAGGAUGAAAAAAAGUGCGACUAGUCUGGAAAAUAUGGUAGCUGUUUCACUCAAUUGAGAUUUAACUAAAUUAUGUAAAAAUCAUUUGUUUUUAUUCCCACAACUUACCAUAUUAAUUUAUGGAAUGGUUUGGGUAAACAUAUUGGCUAAUAUAUUUUAUUAUUUAUUUUUAAGGAAAUGUCAAGUAAUGUAUCUGGCCAACCAGCAAGUUGGAAGAAGCUGACUUCCUAUCUGUCCAGAAUUUCAAAUAAAGGUAAGCAAAGGGUUUAUAUGAUGGCUGUCGUAAUAAAAUACUCAAGGCUGAUUGGACAUAUUGUCUGCUC